CCACACUCCCCAAACCACACAUAAAACACCACCCACAUCCAAGUUAUCCUCAACACAAACAGUUUCUGGUCUCUGCCUUGGUUGCUAUUUACUCUUAUUCCAUCUUCUACACUUUUGCACCACCACUAAAACCAUGACAACCAUGACACCAACCCUCUCAGGAACCAUGGCGAGCGCGUCCUUUGUCCGGAGACAGGCAACUAGCACAAGCCUAAGGGCAUUCCCUAACUCGGGUCAGGCUCUAUUCGGUGUGAAAGCUGGACGUGGAAGUCGUGUAACUGCGAUGGCCGCUUACAAGAUAAAACUCAUCACUCCAGAGGGAACUAAAGAGUUUCAAUGCCCAGAUGAAGAAAUCAUUCUUGAUAAAGCAGAGGAAGAAAACAUUGACCUUCCUUACUCAUGCAGGGCUGGUGCUUGCUCUUCAUGUGUUGGAAAAGUUAUAGAAGGGAAAGUUGAUCAAACAGAUAAUAGUUUCCUUGAUGAUGAUCAAAUAAAUGCUGGGUUUAUUCUCACAUGUGUUGCUUACCCUCGUUCCGAUGUUGUUAUUGAGACACACAAGGAGGAAGAACUCUCUUCUUAAACACGAAAUUUAUGUGUGUGUGCACACGCACAAAUUUUUUCUAUAAAUUAAUAUAUUUAUGGAAUUGCUACUAGCCUAACUUUAUCUAGUUGUUCUAUGUUGUGUUUUGAUUUUGUUUACGUUUUUGUCAAGAAUGAUUUUGUUAACGUUGUUGUAGUUGUAUGAUAAGUGAGAAGUUUUAGCUUGAAUCUCUUUCGUUUUUA